AUGAUGAUCAGAACUUUUGGAAAAAAAAUUGUGGGAAGGUGCUGUGCAAAAGUUUCAAACAGGAGAUCUUGUUCUGAUUAUCAACGUUCAGUAAGGUCGUCAUCAAGUUAUUCUUUCAGUAAAACAAAUCAAAACGAUGAUAAUAAGAGAACCAAGACACAAGUGUACUGUAAAAUUGCUGUUUGCCUUGCUGCAGCUGGUGCAACAGGUUUCUACUGUUGGAAGAAAUUUUUAUCAAACUCUAAUCAUGUUACUAGUCUAGAAAAAUUAGCAGAGGACCUACCUUUUGAGGCAGGUGCAAGGAGGCCAGACCUGCCGAAUUACAAAUAUGAUGAGGUUGCUGAGCACACCUCCGAGGAAACUGGCAUAUGGGUUAUCUUCAAGGAAGGUGUGUAUGACAUAACCAAGUUCAUCAAACAGCAUCCUGGUGGAGAUGAAAAGAUUAGCAUGGCGAUUGGUGGCUCUGUGGAACCUUUUUGGGACCUUUACAGUAUUCAUUUGAAUAAACAUGUUUUUGAGAUUUUGGAAUCUCUGAGGAUUGGAAAUGUUCACCCUGAAGAAGAGAUGCAAGUUUUUAAGUCAGGUGAUCAUUAUGCACAUGAGCCAAAAAGACAUCCAGCUUUGAAAGUUAAUUCUCAAAAACCAUUUAAUGCCGAAACACCACUGCAAAUAUUGGUUGAAAGUUUUUAUACACCAAAUGAAUUAUUUUUUGUACGAAAUCAUCUGCCAGUCCCUAAAAAAUCAAAAUUAGAAGAUGACUUUCAAAUAACAGGCAUCGGUCUUGAUUCAUCAAUUUCACUGACAAUGUCUGAGUUGAAAAUGAAAUACAAGCCCCACGAAAUCACCACUUCAGUCAUGUGUGCAGGUAACAGAAGAUCAGCCAUGCAUGAAACAAAACCAGUGAAGGGUCUGCAGUGGAGUGCUGGAGCUGUCAGCACUGCUAAAUGGAAAGGAAUCAAACUUUCUGAUCUUCUUAAGGACCUAGGCAUUACAGAGGACAGCAAGGCAUGCCAUAUCAUCUUUCAAGGAGCUGACACAGACAUAGAAUCCAAACCGUAUGAGGUGUCCAUACCAUUAGAAAUUGCACUGGACCCAAAUAGAGAAGUUCUACUUGCAUUCGAAAUGAAUGGCAAAGAGAUUCCACUAGAUCAUGGUUAUCCAAUUCGGGUGAUUGUUCCUGGUGUCAUAGGUGCCAGACAGGUAAAGUGGUUGAAGAAAAUCAUUGUCAGUGAGAAGGAGAGUGAUUCAUUAUGGCAGCAGAAAGACUACAAAACGUUCAACCCGUCUUUAAACAUAGAAACAUGUGACACAGGAAAAGCAAUGGCUGUUCUGGAAUUCCCCGUUCAGUCUGCCAUAUGCCAACCAGCCAAUGGAUCUGUUUUAAAAUUAGAAAAUAAAAAAAGUUUAGAAGUAAAAGGCUAUGCUCUAAGUGGUGCUGGUAAGAAAAUUUUGAGAGUUGAUGUUUCAGUUGAUGGUGGACAGUCUUGGAUGGAAGCUGAUCUUUAUACAGAAACCAAAACCCAGAUGAACAGAGAAUGGGCAUGGACGCUGUGGAAGUUAGAUGUACCUUUGUCAGAUGACAUGUUAAGAAAACAAAUUGAUAUCACCUGCAAAGCCACUGAUUCUGCCCACAAUACACAACCGGAAAGUGACCUGGGAAUAUGGAAUGCUAGAGGACUACUUGAAAAUAAAUGGCCAAAAAUUUCUGUAAAAUUUGAGUAA